UCAAUUGCUGAUAUAUUUGCCACCUUAGAGUCAACACUGGAAAUGCUCCGAAUUUAUCAGACAAGACCAGGGCCAAAAGAACGUGGGGUGGAUUCAGUCACACACUUUCAUGAUAACUGCCUGGAAGGAAAGGGAAACAUUUCUGACAUGAGAAACACGGUUUUAACACAUCUUAUCAAGAGGCUGCGAAGCUGUUUCAGAGAUGCCAACCAAGAUGUGGUGAAGGCAACCACGAUUGGAAGCUUUAAACUGUGGCCAGCAAAAAUAAAUCAAGAAUUUGGAGAAAAAGAGGUGGCCAUCCUGAUUGCACAUUAUGAACCAGUAUUAGAGGCAGCCAAGGUGAAAAUUGAUCAAGUAGACACAGAAUGGAGCAUGAUGAAAUUGGAGAUCUACUCUAGAUUUCAGAACAUUCGCAAACUGACCUGGGAUUUUGUGAAUUCUGUUUAUUCACACAAGUAUCCAAACAUCCUGACGCUCAUUGACCUCGUGCUGAGCCUGCCUGCCAGUUCAGCUGAGGCAGGACGCGGCUUUGGUCAGAUGAAGCGCACCAGGUCCCAAAUGCGUGCCAAGGUCGAGGCUGACAGCAUGACGGAUCUCCUGAUAAUCCAGUUGAAUUCUCCGGACAUUAACAACUUUGACCCUAGGAAAGCCAUUCAUUUAUGGAAUACAAGAACACCAUCCUCAACUGAUGACACAAGACCUAACUCAGAUUGCUCAUCAAACUCAGAAAGCCUUGGUGAAAGCGACUAGUAAUGUGAUAAAUAUCAACCUCAUCAUUGAUCCUAGCAAAAAGAACUGUUUUCAAAAACCUGAAAUUUAAAAGUCACCAGUCCUCACAUCAAACACAAAAGGCAUUUGGCAUCAUCCAGACAUACAAAGCAAAAACCCAAAGAUUGGUUUUCCUAUAACCUUCUAAUUCUAGUUCUAUAUUCACACAUUCUUUCACACUCUUUGGGUGAAGUGUAUACCUAAGCAAUGGUACUAUCUUGACAUCAUCUUUCUGAGAGUUAUUGCUAAGGGUAACCAGACUAUAAUUAUGAUCAAGAGUGCGUCUAGGCCUGGCUUACAAUUAACUGUUUUUCCUGGAUAAUUCUAAUGGAUGGCUGCAUUAGAUAAGUAACUUAGGGCCAAAUGGAAAUAACUUUUUUUUAAUCUGUAAAUAAAAUGUGUAAGCUUAUCUAUUUCCAUUACUGCAUUAUUUGUGAAGGUCAUAUUAUUAUAUGCCUUGAUCAUUUAAGAAACAAGGCCAAAGAUCAAAAUAGUUUUUGCAUUUCACACUAAAGUCCGCAGAUAAAUAAACCCUAUGUGAACUGAAAGUAUUUUCUUAGAACACUUUGCUUGUGCCAUAGGUAUUAGAGACAGUGGAACUAUUUUACAAAUCUACCAGAAAUUUUAAAUACUUUGAGCCUCUUCAUGGUUUCAAUUGAGUUUAUUUCUGGUUUCAUUUUAAGGAACAUGAAUGAUUUAUUUCUAACUUAUCUGAAAACCAAUGUAGUAUCACAUACAAAGCUCAUUUUACCAAAAAUUCCACUACCUGGAAAGGUUAUUCUCAUUUCUAUAAAAUUGGAUAU